AGCCGCAGGAACGCCGCGGCCGCGCUCCUUCCAGCGCAGCCGGCCCCUUGCCCCCGCCCGCGGGGCCGCCGCCUCCCGGCCCGCCCCGCCCCGCUCCCGGCACCCACCGUGCGGGCGGGCCGCGGAGCGGAGGGCCGGAGCCGGCGGCGCAGGAAAUAAACGGCUUCUAAUGCGAGGAGCACGAUGAAAUUCGGCUGCCUUUCCUUCCGACAGCCCUACGCGGGGCUGCUUCUAAACCAGGUCAAAACGGUAGAGACUCGCUGGCGUCCUUUGCUAGCAGGCUACAAGAACUGCACCAUUGCUAUUCAUAUAGCUGUUAAGGACUGGGAAGAUGAAACAUGGAGAGAAAUUCUUCUGAAUAGGUUUGGCAUGACACCAAAACAACUGCAAGAUUUGUUGGAUGAAGGGGAAAAAUUUGGCAGAGGAGUUAUUGCAGGAUUAAUUGACGUUGGAGAGACAUCACUAUAUCCAGAAAACCUGCCUCCUGAAGAGAUUCUGGAGCUGGAAAACAAAGCUGUCCUCAGUAAUCUAGAACAGAAAUACUUGACUGUUGUUUCAAAUCCCAGAUGGCUCCUGGAACCAAUUCCUGCCAGAGGGAGAACAGGGGUGUGGCAGGUGGAUAUCCCUGAAGAACUGAUCCCUUCAGAAUUGUAGGUGUUGCCCCUUACUAUUAUUUUUCCUGCCUAAAUGCACACUUGUAUUUAAGAUGCUGACUUGUAAAAUACAUCAGCAUCUUGUUUAGGAUUCUAUUCCAAAACUAUCUGAAAUGGCAAAUACAUUUGAAGAACUGCUUUUUUGAGGUAAAACAAACAAGAUGUGUCUUUAUGAACAUGAAAUUGUUUUUGUAAACUUUUCCUGUACAAACAACUAAGUAAAUGCCAUUUUUAAAUGUACAGUUAUGCAUUGUGUGCCAAUUUAAAGGUAAAUUAAAAUUAUUUUUUGAUA